GACUACAACCAGAGCUAUGACCGUCAAACUUGCAUCCACUUCCCAUAAACUAUUCCAUAAUUACAGCCAUGAACCUUUCGCUUACUCUGAGUUUCCGACCAACGGAGCCUUCUCUGUUUCACCGGAAAUCCUUCUACCCGAUCACGUAUCCACAAAAACAGCACGUACCCAUUUUUCAUCAACCAAAAUUGGACCCAAGAAGAACUCAGUUCAGGAUCACGGCUAAGAGACCGUCGCCAAUAGAAGGCUUAAGUGAAGAGAUGAUGAGCGCCGUGGCUUCGCAGAAUCUAGACCAUGCGCCUGCUCGGAGACGAGUUCGGUCGGCAUUCUUUGACGUGCAUCAACAGCUUGAUCAUUGCUUGUUCAAGAUGGAUCAUGCUGGCAUCAGAACAGAGGAGUGGUAUGGAAGGAACUCAAAGGGCAUGGAAAUUUUCUGCAAAAGCUGGUUGCCAAAACUAGAUGUUCAAAUCAAAGGUGCUUUAUGUUUUUGCCAUGGGUACGGUAGCACUUGCACAUUCUUCUUUGAAGGUAUUGCUAAGCGAAUUGCUGCAUCCGGGUACGCUGUAUAUGCUGUGGACUAUCCAGGUUUUGGUCUUUCUGAAGGAUUGCAUGGUUACAUCCCAAACUUUGAUGAAUUGGUUGACGAUGUUAAUGAACAAUUUACUAAUAUCAAAGGAAGACCUGAAGUGAAAGGUUUGCCCUUCUUUAUAAUGGGAGAGUCCAUGGGUGGAGCUGUCACUCUCAAGAUUCAUCUAAAAGAACCGUCUAAAUGGGAUGGAGUAAUCCUUGUAGCUCCAAUGUGUAAGAUUGCGGAGGACGUGAUGCCUCCAGCAAUAGUUCUGAAGCUAUUAGCACUCAUGUCUGAAGUUUUGCCUCAGGCAAAACUCUUUCCCCAGAAAGACAUGGCUGGCCUAAGCUACAGAGAUCCGAGAAAGAGAAAAACGGCUGGUUACAAUGUGAUUUCUUACAAAGAUCACAUGCGAUCAAGAACAGCUGUGGAACUGCUGAAGGCCACAAGUGAUAUAGAAACACAGUUGGAUAAGGUUUCAGGGCCAUUACUAAUUCUUCAUGGAGCGGCAGAUAAGGUGACCGAUCCUUUAGUGAGCCAGUUACUUUAUGAGAAGGCCUCUAGCAAGGAUAAAACUUUGAAGCUCUAUCUAGAUGGUUAUCACUGCAUUAUUCAAGGGGAACCUGAUGACAGAAUUUUUACUGUCCUAGAUGACAUUGUAACAUGGCUUGAUUUUCGGUGCUCCCCCAAUUAAAAUUUACAGUCAUUUACAGCAUCCUUUCACA